AUUGCAGGGUGCAGGGGGAGGGAGCUCACAGCACUGAUCUUCUGUUUGCAGCAUCCCAAGAGCAGCCUCUGUUGUGUGAAAUACAAGAAAAAGGGCAAGACAGCGGGAGUGAAUCCAAGGAAGCAACUCGAAGAACUGGAAGGGUGGAAUCUCUUGGGGGGUGGCAGCCAGGAUAGGGUUACUUUUGAUUUGUGGAGUUCAUCCUUAGAGCAAAUGGCUGUUGUGUCAGUGUAAACAGCCUGUGCAGUACCUGCAUUGCUGAAGGGGGAAGGAGAAGAGGGGAGGCGGCACAGACACUGGAGCAAAUGUUACCUCUUCCUAUGAAUGUUUCCUGUUGUUAGGUAGCCCCAGACCUGCUGUUGCUCACCUCUUAACAUGCAUGUUGUAUGUUGAGCUCAUAUGGAGGAAGAACCAUCAAUGCCUCAGCAGACCAUAAACCAACGGCAGGGCGGCUGUAUUGACCAUGAGACACGUUAGAAACUAAGCAACACAUCAACAUCCACACCAAAAUAAAGGGAAAAAGUUUGAGAAAAUUUGCUUGAGAAACCUACACCCGACCAUGGCUGUGAAUACUGCCAAGACAACGUCAAGUUUUCUCUCGACAACUGCAACAACCGCCACGGACCCGUUGCUCUCAACGAGCCUCGGACCCAGAGAAAACAUCACCUCAAGAACAUUUAUGACUGUUACCCUAACAACGACAGCAGCAACAACAAACGAGACCAGCUUCAACGCCACCGCGGCUCCAGACGUGGUGAUUGAGGGCUCGAGUGUUGGAAUGCUGUUGGUGCCCUUUGGCAUCAUCACCCUCAUUGGCUUAGCGGUGGCAAUAAUGCUGUACAUUCGGAAACGGAAGCGGUUAGAGAAGCUGAGACAUCAGCUCAUGCCCAUGUACAACUUUGACCCGGCUGAAGAACAGGACGACCUGCUGGAACAGGAACUACUGGAUCACGGACGGGACGGCGGCCUCGCAGGUCCAAACGCCAAGUUUUGACAAAAGGGCAAACAUGACUCUCACAACCUCCCAGGGGACAACGCAGCGACCCAGUCGUCUGGUCUUCACAGAUGUUGCCAAAGCCCUCAAUGCUUAACAGCCCCUCUGCCCUGCCUGGUCAACCCCAGCCUGCAGGAGAGCUGCAGACCACAUACCCAGACACAGACUGUCACUAACAAGGGACAAACAAAGGGAAGUUAGACUGUUUUAGGCUUAAACUGGAGGUCUGAUAAAUGUUGUCUUCACAACGCGUCAAGUGGUUGUAUCAAAGAAAAAACUCAGAACAAUGCAAAGGGUUAGUAAUGAUCUUGCACUAUUAUCAUUAUUCACUGGGGCACCAAUUAAGUGUGGCACCCUUGUUUUUUUAAAACUAUGCUCCGUCAUUGUUAAAAUAUUUAAUAGCUUGUCAGUUUCUGCAUCUAUGUUUCUGUUUCAUAUGAGGAAAUUGUGAAUCUGUUAUAGUGAUUUUGUGGUCUUACACCUCGUAUGCUGGAUGUGUCGCCAUCCUCAAUCUGUUUUCCUCCCUAUUUGUCUUCUUUAUAGACUGUGGAUUAAUAUCAUUUCCAUCUGUACACAUUAAAAAUAUAUUUAAAAAAUCCAGAGGAAAAAAGACAGCACAAAUCCAUGGCAACAAAUGAAGAGUGUGAUAUUUUUAUUGAUAAGCGAUAUAGAAGCAAGGUAACACAAAUCACAACGUAAAGAAUCAUAACAAAAUAUAUAUCACAGGUUUGUGAGUUGUAUUAAAGAAGUGGAUGAGGACAUAUCAAUAACAUAACUAUUACAUUGUGUUAAAGGUAAGGCAUUAAAGAUGAUUUCUCAAGUUACAGUUCAACUUUUCAAUAGUUGAAACUAGAUCAAGUACUGUAUGUAACUAUAUCACUAGCAGUAAGAUCACAAAACAACAUUGUCCCCUUACAGAAAGAGUAAAUAUCCAAACACAGCUCGUGUAAAAUAACACACUGACUUAGCUGGAGUUAAAUUAAGAGGCACCUUUCAGGGUGACUCAUUCACUUCUGGUCAUAUCAAUAUAGUGAGAUGAGAUGUGUGUGUGUGGACUACUGCAGUAUUCAAAAGUUAUUUCAAGAUUUUAUGAUCCACUCUGCCUGCAGGGCUGAUGGACACUUCUGGCCUUAAAAGGCCGCAAGUGUCCCUAAAAAAUGGCCCAGGCUUGGUUCUCUUCAGAGGUAGUCCAGGAGGGUUAAAUAAGUAAAGUCAAUGCAACAUUGAAUAAAUCGGUAAUGUGGCAGCAGCUUAGGCAACGAUGCUGAAAUACAUAAAAUAAAUGAUGUAUCAGUAAAAACAUAAAAAAAGUGUUUGAAUAUAAAGUAAAUGGGUGAUUUUCAAGUAAUAAGCAAUGCAAGAGGGACAUGUUUGAUGCAUUUUUUAAAGAGAUUUUAUAAAAAAUAAUCUGUAAAAAUUCUCAUUUUAUAAGGAAUACUUCAAUAUGUCAGCGUAAGAACAGAAAUCCCAGCAAGAAAAGGUGUCCAGAUAUUUUGGAUUAACUACUUUUUGGAGGUUUGUUAUCCGCUGUUGAAGCAAUUCUAAGGUAGGGUUCUGUGGAUUACUUAUCAGCAAUCAGUAUUUUAUCUUUAGAAGAGAGCUGUCUGAAGAUUUCAGAUGUCAGACAACUGCUAACUAAAAACUCAGACACUUUUUAUCAGAUGUGAGGUAGCAAACACUAGUAGCUCAGAGUUUCUUAAAGAUAACGUUACAAAUAGUGUUAAUUUAAUCUGUAAUAGUGACUACAUGUUGAAAAUUAUUAUUUGGUUCAAAUUAUGCUUUUACUAGAACUAACUUAGCAAAAGGGCUACAUUUUGUAAACGGGUUCCUGCUCCAACCCACCUGAUGACAGUUCAUUAUUUCCUCAGUCUGUCAUCAAACCCUUCAAAAUAAAAGCAUGACCCUUUCAUUUAAAUCAAGUGUGUUCAACCAGGAGGACAUCUCAAGGAGGUAGAAAACCAGCAGCUCUGAAGGACUGGUUACAACAUUUUCUUACACAUUUUGCUUUGGGUAUUGACUCUGAUUUGCUGACCUAUUUUAACACAUUUCGCAUGAAUUCAGAAAAACAGGCAAGUAACUAAAUUCACAAGUUCUUAGCUCUUCUCUCUAAUCUCUUCUUUUACAAACUCAAGUAGUUCAGACAGUCUGCAACAGGUGUGACUCUGACUGAUAA